UGACCUACUGCGCUGUUCACUGACACGCAUUAACUCGUCCAUAUGAUAGGGUACGCGGCCGUAUAUGUCUGGCGAGCUCCUAGGGGAACCUGGUAUGUGCCUACCUUCGUUGCGACGCCGGAUGGGGACCUAGAGGUUGUUGUCGAGCCUCCUCCCACAUAUUCCUUCUAUCAUGACCUGGAGAGUGUCUUCUGGAUUUUCCUGUGCACCUCCAUUUCAAGAUCCGGUCCAGCAAUGCGUCGGGAGGCCUUGUGGAAUGGUACAGACACGGCCUUGGCCAACAAAUUUUACCAGCUCAUUCAAGCGCUGGACAACUCGCAACUCGCAGAGAACAAACAAGCGAUCAUGACUCACAAUAAAGCUUUCCUCGCGGUGCUGUGCUUCGUGGAUGACUACUACAAGCCCCUGACUCGACUCCUGCGGCGCCUGUGGAACAUCCUCAAUCCAGCAUACGAGUCGCGAAACUUCGUGGUGAAUGAUAUGUACAACGCGACCUUGGCCGCCUUCGAGCAGACGGAAGAGGAGCUCCAGGACACGCCCGAAGACCUCACGCCGGAGCAGAAGAAGGCGCUCGAUCGAGAGCUGGCCCGUCGAGACGCGGACCUCACUGACUGGGAACAUAGCCCUCGUCCGGCUGUGCCUCAUCCCCAUCCACCGCGAUCGGACACUGACACGGAUGACCAGGACGACGAUACCGAUGAAGAGAGCGAUUCCUCACCUCCGUCGCCUAGGGACAGUACUGGGAAAGAUCGCAACAAUACAUCGCUCAAGUCCCAACCAACGCCCCAAGCAGUGACGCGAAAGACCUCGAACGCCGCCGUUGGUAGGGUCACACGGUCUAUGGCUCGCCGAAAGGCGGAGCAGGGUUCGUCGAGAGCCGCAACACCCCGAGGUCGGACAGCGAGCCGCCCCAGUCGAAGGCUGAUACGAAGUCGAAAGGAGGGACGUCGAAGGGCCGCGGUCGCGGUGGUAGCAAACAGGCUACGCGAGGACGUGAUAACGCGCGUGGGGGCUCCGGAGGCAUCAGCGGAACAAGGAGAGCAAGCGACCAGAGGGAGUGGUGGACGAGGUACGAGCGGGAAGGAGAGGGAAGCCAGGUAAAGCGAAGCGGGCUGAAUAGGUGUGUUGUGUGCCAAUGAAUACUUGACGACCUCCACCCGUAUGCGAGUCGUGUCGCCCAUGAGCAGAAGUCCAACCUUUCUGGUCGUCGGUCGUACAAAUACCGCAUCGCCAUGUUAGCGUCGGACGUCGGGAUGCUGAAAUCUACCGCACCCUCGGGUUUGAUAUCACGUGAUCGACGUGGAACAGCUGCGCGACGCAGACUGCAGUGAAAAUUUGGUACGGGUACAUAUGUACGUAUAUAUAUACAAGCCUACAUCGAUAGCCCUCUCGGAGAGGCGCAUCGACGAAAUACAGACAGAUAUGGCGUUAAAUGUGCAUCGCCUCCCAAGCGCGUCGCAACCCCCGGCUUAGUCGAGGACC